CUGAUGUCGUCACAAGUUGGGACCGAGAAGCGGGGCGGAAGUUGUAGUACAUCUCCAGUAUCGGCUGCCCGAGUGGGAACAGGGGCGGAAGUGCCCCUACGUCAGGCGUGUUGGACGGGCGGAGAUGCCUCUCCAGCGCGCGUGUGUUGCGGAUAAAGGAUCGGGGCCGGCUGCCGCGGCGCUGACGUCACGGGUUUCUAGCAUAUUCUGACGGCGACCGGAUAAAGGCUCGAGGAGAGCGGCCGUGGGACGUUUUUUGUUGGAGAGUAGCCGGCCUGGGCACGGAGCUGGUGUUCACCUGCAUUCUGGCUCUUCCCUUGGCAGUCUCGGCCAGUAGAAGGCCAAUUAGGUUUAUAAUAUAUUCAUACACAAAUAGUUCUUUUUAAUUUUAUUUUGUUCGGUUUGCAUUAUCACCGGCCCCUCGGUCCUCGGCUGCUGUCACGAUGGCCAAGUGGGGACAGGGCGACCCGCGCUGGAUCGUGGAGGAGCGGGCCGACGCCACUAACGUCAAUAACUGGCAUUGGACAGAGAGAGAUGCCUCAAAUUGGUCAGUAGAUAAACUUAAAUCACUGUUGCUGGCAGUCAGUGUAGAGAAUGACGAGGGAGUGUGCAAAGUCACAGAGGUGACCAAGAGUGAUGGAGAAGCCUCAAUCAACAACAGAAAAGGAAAAUUGAUUUUCUUCUUUGAAUGGAAUAUUCACUUAUCAUGGAGAGGAACUUCAAAAACUGGAGUUAAGUAUAAUGGAACUGUGGAGAUACCAAAUCUCUCAGAUGAAAAUGACAUUGAUGAAGUGGACGUUAUUGUUGCCCUGGUAAAGGAUGAACCUGAGACAAAACUGUUGGAUCUAAUGAAAACCGAUGGUGCAGAUCAGAUCAGGAAGGCACUUGCCAACUAUGUUGACACACUGAAAUUAGAAUUUACUCAAGGAAUGAUAUUGCCAACAGUAAAUGGAGUUCAGAAGGAACAGACACAGUCUAAACCCAAGAUUGAUCUCCAGACCAAGAUUGCUACAUCUCAGUUACCUUCCCAGACUAAAUCUGUUGGGGUGAAGAUUCCAACCUGCAAAAUUAACUUAAAAGAUGAAUUUAUGACAUCACCAGAAGAGCUUUACAAGAUAUUUAUUACAGAAGAGCUUGUCCAGGCUUUCACACAUGCAUCAGCUGCUGUCGAGGCUACCAAGGGAGGAAAAUUUCGAUUGCUUGAUGGGAGUGUCAGCGGAGAAUUUUUGGAACUGGUUUCUGACCAACGGAUUGUUAUGAAAUGGAGGUACAAGUCAUGGCCAGCAGAACACUAUGCGACUAUCAAGUUGACGUUUUUGGGCAAGAACGAUGGAACAGAACUUCAAGUGGAAUGUAGAGGUGUUCCAUUAGGUGAGGAAGAUCAGACAAAAGCAGGAUGGCAGCGUUAUUACUUUAACGGAAUUAAGCAGACUUUUGGAUACAAUGUACGACUGUUCUAAUGGGAUAGUUUCUCAAACCCAUAUCUAACUUAUGACUACAGAAAAGCUUUAGACCUUUGUUCAUUUCACUUCUCUGUCAUCCUUGUUUAUGGUCAAGCCAGCCUGCAACUGAGGCUUUUAAGCAUCCAUCACACAGUGGUAUGUUUUUCAGCUGCUAAAUUCUCAUUCAGUAAAAGUCUUGGAAUAAUUUGGAAACUGGCCCUGUGCUGUGAAAUUUCAAAUUGUAUUUAAACUCCCCCUUGCACACUAGUAUGAAAUGCCAGUUCUGAGUCUUGAAUGGUAACAGUAUUUUGCUGUAAAAUUUUAGGUCCAUGAGGAAAUGACUAUUCUUGAACCAGAUUUUUAGAGCAAGAAAUUUCCCCAAUUACACUUUCAUUCCCUGAAAUAUUUCAUUUUUGUAUCUGUGCAGAGGAAAUAAGAAAUGCUAUUCUGAUUUAACUGAAUAUGCAAUAUGCCAAUGAAUGGAGCAAAUAAAAGGAGAAACCAAAAUAAUAGUUCCAAGUUUGUUUUCUGUUGCAUUUGUAUGGUGUAGCAUUUUGGUGAGACCACUGCUAAGAAAUUGUACAAAACAGGUUGCUGUCUUCAACUAAAAAUGACCAUAACACAAAAAUUGCAUUGUCCUAAAGGACAAGUAAAACUUGCAUUAGUGAUCAUAGGAGAAGAAUGGAAUUUUCCUUUGCAAAUUCUGAUGGCAUUGGAAAGGCUCCAGAACUGGAUGCGUGCCAUUUUCUUUAAUCUAUUUUGCACAAAAUUACUGGACUUUAGCCCUAUAUCUUUGGCAAGAUCAAGUUUACUUUAACAGCAUUAGAGUGGAAAUGAGAUUUACAAUUUUAUCUGGUAGGAACAAAUGCACACUGAAGGACAAGUGGGUAUUUUUUUUAAAAAAACAUGGGAUUGAGAUCUCACUAUUUAAAUUGUUCUGGCACAUUACAGUCAGCUUGUAAUUGUUAUCUCCUAAAAUCUUGCCUUAGUUCAAGUGGAAUCUAAUUUGAACAAAAUGAGCAACUAUUUAAAGCUGUCCUAAAACUUGUUCAAGACCAGUGCAUAGGAGAUGAGAUUUAUAAUUUUCUAGUGGUGAAGCCAUGGCAUUUAAAGUAUUAAAACUGAGGGAAAUAAAGAAUGGGACUUUUGUAAGGAGCAAAUGUUGGUAAUAGUUCAGUUGGGCAGCCCUAUUUUGAGAAUUGUCCAGUCACUUGUGACAAUUUCCAGCUCAUGAUCCUAUUUACUGUCAUCUGGAUCAAGUUCUCAAUAUCUAACAUUUGCUUUGUCAGAACAUUUCACUUAGUACCAUUGCAAAUAAACAGCUGAGCUGAUUAAACUGCAUGGUAGGCAUCUUGUGUAUCCUGCCUUUGUGCAACUACAUUUUAAGCUUGAUCUGUUUUGUAGUUUGGGACACUGGACUGGCAUACGAGUUAAACAUUGUACCCAGUGACUAUAUUUCUAUCAGAACAGGUGCUGCAGGCUGGUUGUCUAUUCCCAUGUACAUUACACUGUCACAAGUUGCUUUAUUAAAUACAAUUUCUACUUAACCUUUGUGUACUUUUGUUUCGAUGAAUGUCUUUAAUUGAUGAAAUGUAGGCACCCAGGCAAUGUUAACUGAAUGAUUCUUAAUGCAAAUGCUUAAGUUUCUGUUUGUAUAUUUUUUAAAAAAAAAGUGAAGUGAGGAUUACUGGUGUUGUUAUUUAUGCCAAAUUGCUAAUAUUGAAUUAAUUAAUUCAAUUCUCAGUAAUCUGGACAUUUUAAAUACACCAUCUGCUACAAUUUUAAAUUACUUAAGGAUAUGCUCAAAGCUGCUGGGGGGGAAUGCUAUACUUCCCCUUUCUCUUUGAAAUUUCAUCCAUGACCACUUUUGUGAGUGGCAGUCUAGUAUGCUUUUCACUCUUAAGAAAAGAGGAAGGCAGCAGAAAGGAAAUGGUAGACCAGUUAGUCUGACCUCAGUGGUUGGGAAGAUGUUGGAGUCAUUGUUGAGGAUGGGGUUAUGGAGUACUUGGUGACACAAGAUGAGGAAACGAUUCUGAGUUUGUCCUAAGGGGAAAUCUUGCCUUGACACCUGUCGGAAUUCUUUGAGAACAUUACAACUGGGAUAGAUAAAGGGGAUGCAGUGGCUGUUGUAUAUUUGGUCUUUCAGAUGGCCUUUGACAAGGUGCCACAGAGAAGGCUGCUUACCAAGUUAAGAGCCCAUGGCAUUACAGGAAAGUUACUGGUAUGGUUAGAGCAGUGGUAGGGGACAGCAAUUAGGAAUAGAUUGUUAGUGACUAGUGGUGUUUCACAGGGUCGGUGUUGGGACUGCUUUUUGUGCUGUAUAUCAAUGAUUUAAAUGAUGGAAUAGAUGACUUUGUUGCGAAGUUUGCAGAUGAUACAAAAAUUGGUGGAGGGGCAGGUAGGGUUGAGAAACCAGGUAGGCUGCAGAAGGACUUGAAACAGAUUAGGAGAAUGGACAAGAGUGGCAAAUGAAAUAGUGUUGGUAAAUGCAUGGUCAUGACCUUUGAUCAUUGAAAUAUAUGUGCAGACUAUUUUCUAAACAGGGAGAAAAUCCAAAAAUCUGAGAUACAAAGAAAGUUAGGAGUUUUUGUGCAGAACACCCUAAAGGUUAACUUGCAGGUAAGUCAGUGGCAAUAAAGGUAAAUGCAAUGUUAGUAUUCAUUUCAAGAGGUUCAGAAUACAAGAGCAGGGGUGUGAUGCUGAGGCUUUAUAAGGCACUGGUGAGGCCUUACCUUGAGUAUUGUGGACAGUUUUGGGCUCCUAUCUAAGAAAAGAUGUGAACCUCCUCUGAACCAUCUUUCAAGCUGACACAAGAAUGAGUCCAGGAAUAAAAGAUUCAUCAUAAGAGGAAUGUUUGAAAACUCUGGGUCUUUAUGUGCUGGAAUUUAGGGUGAUGGGGUGGGGAGGGAAGGAUCUCAUUGAAACGUUGAAAUGUUUCAAAUAUUGAAAGACCCAGACAGAGUCGAUAUGGAAAGGAUGUUACCUAUGGUGGGAGAGUCUAGGACAAGAGGGCACAGUCUCAGGAUAGAGGGCAUCCAUUAGGCAGAGGGUGGUGAAUUUGUUACCACAAGCAACUAUGGAGGCCAGGUCAUUGGGUGUAUUUAAGGCAGAGAUUGGUGAGUUCUUGAUUAGACACAGCAUCAAAGGUUUAUGGGGGAGAAGGCCACCUCACCCAUAAUAGUGGCUGCAGUUCCAAUCUUAGCCAUCACUGGAACCUACAAAAAUCAGAAUGGAGACAAAUAUCUUAAGUGCUGAGGGGUUGCCUAAACUAGUAGAACUGGACAGUGACCAAAGCAAGCAUAUGUGUAAUGUUAUUGCAAUAGAAAGUGCUAACACUAGGCAAGCCUUCAAGGUGACAUACAUUUCAAACACAGUUAAUUCUAACAUCUUUUCAAAGCUUGGAAUUUUACAUUCCCUUACUUCAGUGUUUGUGCAUGAAUUGCAUGAGGUUUAUUUGCAGGUACCACAGGUUAUCAAGGCGGCAAAUAGAAUGUUGGCCUUCAUUGCUAGAGGGAUUGAUUUUAAAAGCAGAGUUACGUAACAACUAUACAGGGUAUUGGUGAGGCAGCACCUGGAGUACUGUAUGCAGUUCUGCUUUCUACUUCAAAAUCCUGGCUUUAGAGAUGGUGCAGAGGUUUACUAAGUUAAUUCUGAAGAUGAGGGUUAACCUGCAGUGUGCGAGAGUCACCUGGGACUACAUGCAUGAAUUCAGAAAAUGAGGAGAUCUUACAGAUACAUUUAAAAUGAUAGAAGCAAGUUGAUACCAUUAAGCAAGGGGUCUGUGGACAGCAGGCUGGGAACCCCUAAAUUAGGUGAUAGCCUCAAGGUUCAGGGGAAUAGAUUUAAGUCAGAUGAGAACUCUUCCCAGGAAGUAGUAAAUCAGUGGAGCCUUAUUUAAUAUAUUUUAGACAAUUAAAGAUUUUUUUUGAAGAGUAAGGGAAUUGAGUUAUGGGGAAAAGGCAAAUAAAUGAAUUACAGGGACAUUUAAUUAUGCAAAAUAGGCUGCUCCACUUAGACUUGACAUUCAAGAUUAACUUUGGCAUAUUGAGUUACAAAAGAUGUUGCAUGAUUUCUUUAAAAUAGGACUGCCUCAAGCCAUUGUUUUUGAUAGCAAGUGGUUGUAGUAUAGUCAGCAAUUCAACUUCAAGCAUAAGUAUGCCAAAUAAAGACAAAUGGAGCAAUUUAAGGCAGUUAAAUUUGAGAGUACCAACUUCAAAGAAAUUUAGAUGUUUUCACAAAUUGACAUACGGAACUAGUUGUUUAAGCAAGUUCAGUUAGUUUACAUUGCUAGUUUUACUUUGUUUCAAAACACCAACGUAACACAGAUUUUCUAUAAUUGUCAAUACUUUACUGUUUCUAAAUAUUUUAAUGAAACCCAAUAGAAAUCUUUCUAAUGCACACUUAGUAUGGGAAACAAUAGAUCCAAUUUUUUUUUACUAUUUACUUAUAGAUGUAAUUUACUGCAGUUGCUGCUAGUACCUACAUUCACAAAGAAUGCAGAUGCUGGAAAUCUGGAGCACCACAAAAAUGGAGGAACUUAGCAGAUAGCAUCUAUGGAGGGAAAUUGAGUCACAGUUCACGGGGUUUCAUUUCUUCCCAAUCCUGCUGAAGGGUCUUGACCCUAAACAUCAACUGUUAUUUGCCUCCAUAGCUAUUGCCUGGCCUGUUGAGUUCCCCCAGCAUUGUGUUGCUGUUGGUACCUCAAUGCCUCCUUUUAAAAAUCAGUAAACCUGAACAUUUUUUAAAAAUUCUAAUGCUGCCUGUUAAAUUCAAAAUCAUUUAUCACUCAUAUCAUCCAGUCCUUCUGCAGGUGUUUUGAUAUGAACUUGCCUCAAAGUAAAAAAUAUGAAUGAAAUUCAAUCCAUGAUAACAUUAGUAUGGAGUUAAUUUUGAAAAUCCUCAAAUCUGUAACAGCAUGGAGUUUAUUGGCUCUUAUUUACCCAGAAUGGCCAAGAGGCAGAAGCACAUAGCUGUUGUUAACAAAUUUCUCAACCACCUAUUAGAAUGGAAUCAUACUAUCGCCCUCUGUAUAUUUUUAUACCAGUGAAAUGAAACAAAGGAGUGUGGAUCAGACAAUAUCAGACUUAGCACCUUUAGAUCUAAACAGAAUCAUGCUUGAUGCUAUACUUUAAGGUAAUAAGUAAAUGACAAAAUAGAACAAAAUGCAAAUUUGUGUUUUUUCUUGUUUUGUAUGGGAGAACAGAAAUACCAAAUGUAUUGCUUUUUUCAUGUUUCCAUUAAAACCAUGUUAUAUUAAAGCAAUAAAUGAUGUAAACUGGUGAAAUUUACCUACCUUAAUGUAUGUACUGAUGCAGAAGUGGAAACCUUGUACAAUUUUGCCAAACUCAUAAAUACAGAGGCAGUGAAGAAUCAUCACAACUCAUACUAACACCUAUCAGAAGGACAAGUGGUAGAAGUGUCAAUUGUUCAUACCAAUGCUAUGCAAGGGGAUAUUUAAUGAAAAGAUUGCAACAAGGUUCAUCUUACAACUCCCCAAAACAUUACUGGAUAAUAGGUAACCCUGUUCACUGCCACAGCACUCACCAGCUUUAAAAUAAAACAAUUAAAAUUGAGCAAGAUUUUCCACUUGCAGUUCCUUCCCUUCAGAAUAAGAAAGCAUGCUUUGGAUAUUACAACACACUAAAAUGUCAAAAGCCAAAAUUAUUUUCUUGCCGAAAUGUAAAACAUUCUAGUCAAUAGAAACUAGAAUUGAACAGUCGAGAUCAAGUCAAAAAAACUGAACUCAAUGGGUCAAGCAGUUUCAAAGGGAAAGGAAUUGUUGAUGUUUGGGGUUGAGACCUUACAUCAGGAUCAAGAGUGGUGAAGGAAGUAGUAGAAAGAGCUGGAGGUAAAAGAUGGCCCAGUGGUUGAAGAUGAGAAUGAAAGAUGGUAGGGGACAGAAGGGAUUGAGUUGGUGGU